UCCUCAGCUUAGGGCGCUGCGCAGGGAGAGGCAGGGCGUUCGUAGCACCCCACGACCGCAGCGGCCUCACGGCAGCGCCUGCGCCCUCCCCAGCCCGUGCGCGGGAGCCGUGGGGGCAAAGGCGCAGAGGUAGGACCAGUGCUCGGCGCCCGCUUGGCUGGCUCUCUGCGCUCCUGCAAGCUGCCCGCGCCAGCUCUCCAAGAUGAAGAAGCUCCAGGAAGCUCACCUCCGCAAGCCUGUCACCCCAGACCUGCUAAUGACUCCCAGUGACCAGGGUGAUGUGGACCUGGACAUAGACUUUGCAGCAGACAGGGGCAACUGGACGGGCAAGCUGGACUUCUUGCUAUCCUGCAUCGGCUACUGUGUGGGCUUGGGAAAUGUCUGGCGGUUUCCCUACCGGGCCUACACCAACGGAGGCGGAGCCUUCCUUGUGCCCUACUUCCUCAUGCUGGCCAUCUGUGGCAUCCCCCUCUUCUUUCUUGAGCUCUCCCUGGGCCAGUUCUCCAGCCUGGGACCCCUGGCUGUCUGGAAAAUCAGCCCCCUCUUCAAAGGUGCAGGUGCAGCCAUGCUGCUCAUUGUAGGCCUGGUGGCCAUCUACUACAACAUGAUCAUCGCCUACGUCCUCUUCUACCUCUUUGCCUCCCUCACCAGCAACCUGCCCUGGGAACACUGUGGCAACUGGUGGAACACAGAACGCUGCCUGGAGCACAGAGGCCCCAAGGAAGGCAAUGGGGUGUUGCCUCUUAACCUCAGCAGCACCGUCAGCCCCAGUGAGGAGUACUGGAGUCGCUAUGUCCUGCACAUUCAGGGCAGCCAGGGCAUCGGCCGACCUGGGGAGAUUCGCUGGAACCUCUGCCUCUGCCUGUUGCUGGCCUGGGUCAUCGUGUUUCUCUGUAUCCUGAAGGGGGUGAAGUCCUCGGGCAAGGUGGUGUACUUCACGGCCACCUUUCCCUACCUCAUCCUCCUCAUGCUGCUAGUCCGAGGAGUGACCCUUCCCGGGGCCUGGAAGGGCAUCCAGUUCUAUCUCACCCCCCAGUUCCACCACCUGUUAUCUUCAAAGGUGUGGAUUGAAGCUGCUCUUCAGAUCUUUUACUCCCUAGGAGUGGGUUUUGGGGGUCUCCUCACCUUUGCUUCCUACAAUACAUUCCACCAGAACAUCUACAGAGACACCUUCAUUGUCACUCUGGGCAAUGCCAUCACCAGCAUCCUGGCUGGUUUUGCCAUCUUCUCGGUGCUGGGCUACAUGUCUCAGGAGCUGGGUGUGCCCGUGGACCAAGUAGCCAAAGCAGGCCCUGGCCUGGCCUUUGUUGUCUACCCACAGGCCAUGACUAUGUUGCCUCUGUCACCUUUCUGGUCCUUCCUGUUCUUCUUCAUGCUUCUGACUCUUGGCCUGGAUAGCCAGUUUGCCUUUCUAGAAACCAUAGUGACUGCAGUGACCGACGAGUUCCCAUACUACCUGCGGCCCAAGAAGGCAGUGUUCUCAGGCCUCAUCUGUGUAGCCAUGUACCUGAUGGGGUUGAUCCUUACUACUGAUGGGGGUAUGUACUGGCUGGUCCUUCUGGAUGACUAUAGCGCCAGCUUCGGACUCAUGGUGGUGGUGAUCACCACGUGCCUCGCUGUCACCCGGGUAUAUGGCAUCCAGCGGUUCUGCCGAGACAUCCACAUGAUGCUGGGCUUCAAGCCAGGCCUCUACUUCAGGGCCUGCUGGCUGUUUCUGUCUCCAGCCACACUCUUGGCCUUGCUGGUGUACAGCAUCGUCAAGUACCAGCCCUCGGAAUAUGGCAGCUAUCGCUUCCCUGCCUGGGCCGAGCUGCUAGGCAUCCUGAUGGGCCUGCUCUCCUGCCUCAUGAUCCCAGCUGGUAUGCUGGUAGCUGUGCUUCGAGAGGAAGGCUCACUCUGGGAGAGACUUCAGCAAGCCAGUCGGCCUGCUAUAGACUGGGGCCCAUCGCUGGAAGAGAACCGGACGGGCAUGUAUGUGGCCACCCUGGCUGGGAGCCAGUCACCGAAGCCACUGAUGGUACACAUGCGCAAAUAUGGAGGCAUCACCAGCUUUGAGAAUACUGCCAUUGAGGUGGACCGUGAGAUCGCAGAGGAGGAGGAGGAGUCCAUGAUGUGAGACCAGAGACCACCACACAGGAGGGCUGGUGGGGGCCUCACAGUCCCUUCCUUGGCCUGCAGGGGAUAGCUAUGCCUGUUGGGAUUCUGACAAGCAAUGGAAGGUUGCCAUGGCAACGACAGUCCCCAGCAUAAGUCCCUCUUUGUGGCCUCUACAUCUCCUGGAACCUCUAUCUAGAUGGACAUCCAUACACUAGGUAACUCAUUCAAAGCUGAAAUGAUCCAGCUCAGCCCUCAGUUUAUGAGGGUUGUAUUGAAGCCAGGGGAAGAAGAGCUGGACCAAGGUCACACGCCCAAGGACGUGUUUUCAAGCCUCCAGCCAGCCAACUCCUUUUUCUCUUGGGGCAGCAAGCACCAUAUUUGAUCUUUGUUGAGACAUUUUGACAAGAUACAUUUCCAUACAAGCUGACUUUAAACCCCAGGUUCAGGGUAGUGAGAUGCUGGAGAGUCCCAAGGUCCUAGAGAGAGAGAGAGAGAGAGAGAGAGAGAGAGAGAGAGAGAGAGAGAGAGAGAGAGAGAGAAUGAAAUGGGCAGAAAAGUCUUUGUGGGUUCCUAUGUUAAGGCCAGUUUUCCCAGAAGAGGUGGGAGUUUGGGGGCUGAGAGAUAUGAAAGAUUGCAGGACAGGCAGGAGGGAAGGCUUAUGGGUCAGAGCUGCCCCUGAGCUAGGAGGAGGCCCAACCUUUCAGAGAAGAGACCAGGAGUGACUAGAGAUGGUGAUGCCCCCAGCUUAUGAGAGGGAAUGAAGACUAGUAGGGAGGGGAAGCCAGAAAGGCAGGGUGGGGGGACUUGCAUGGCACUGUAUAGCAUUUUAGGUCUGUUUGGGGUAGAUUAGGGACAGGUACAGAGGUGGGAGACCUGCGGAGGCCAGGAGGGGGGUACUAAUGGCUAGAGUUAGGUGCUUGGGUGGGAGUGGAUGAGCCCACCCUUCACCAUUUGGACACGAUACCUUGGGCUGGCAGGGGGCCUGAUGAGCACCCGCCAAGGGGACAGGAAUGAGGGCUCUAGUCAGGACCCUUCUUCCCUGUUCUUGUGGCUUCCAUUAACAAUGGCUACCAAGACUCAGAGAUGGUCCACACGUCAGACAUAUGUCCUGUUGCUGCAGGCCACCUGACAGGGGGCAGCCUCUGCCCUGGGGUCCCUGGGAGAUGCUCACUCUUCAGCUGUGGCCUGCACACUGCAUUCCCCAGGAGAGCAGGGCACGUUCAUGCAGCAUAGUGGCCUCUGUGCCCCACCUCUCUCCUGGCAUCUCCCCAGCCCAUUUGUGUUCUGCUGGUUGAUUGUCAAUAAAUACCAAAUGAGGUCA